AUGAAUAUCGUCGAGUGGGCUUUCGGAAAGCGCAUGACCCCCGCGGAGCGUCUGCGUAAACACCAGCGUGCCUUGGACCGAACACAGCGGGAGCUUGACCGAGAGCGAGUGAAACUAGAGAACCAAGAAAAGAAGCUGGUACAAGACAUCAAGAAGAGUGCCAAAAAUGGGCAAGUUGGAGCCUGCAAGAUCCAGGCCAAGGACCUGGUUCGGACGCGGAGAUACAUCCAGAAGUUCUACCAAAUGCGCACGCAAUUACAGGCUAUUUCUCUACGCAUCCAGACCGUCCGAAGCAAUGAGCAAAUGAUGCAGUCGAUGAAAGGAGCCACAAUGCUUCUGGGUAGUAUGAACAGACAAAUGAAUCUCCCAGCACUGCAACGGAUCGCGAUGGAAUUUGAACGAGAAAAUGACGUUAUGGACCAACGGCAAGAGAUGAUGGAUGAUGCGAUCGACGAGGCCACAGGAAUGGAAGGCGAAGAAGAGGAAGGAGAAGAUAUCUUGAAGGAGGUUUUGGACGAGAUAGGUGUCGAUCUGAACCAGGCGCUUGGCGACACACCCGAACACAUACAGAAAGCACCAGUGAAUGAAACCCGAGUUGCGCAGGCCAUUGGAGGGGGGGGCAAUACAAGUGAUGAUGACCUCCAAGCUAGAUUGGACAGCCUUCGACGAUGA